AUGCAUCUGCGAGGCACUGUUAAUCCCAGUGACCUACAGUACGAACCAGAGUUAGGACGUUUAGAAAGAACUAAUAGGAGACGUUUGACCGCAAAGAAGACACAAGACGCAUCGAGCUCCAAUUCUGCGGAAGGACUAGUCAUGGCCGAGGAAAACCAAAAUCCACCCGAAGAACUGAUGAGUCACUUCUUAAACCCUAAUUUCUCGCAUCCGACUGCGAGUAUUAGGAGACCUCAAAUCCAUGCCAACAACUUCGAAAUAAAAGCCUCCUUCCUGAAUUUAAUCCAAAGUAAUCUAUUCGAAGGAGACCCAAUCGAAGACCCAAACCGCCACAUCACUAAAUUCCUACAAUUGUGUAGCCUCAUUAAAGCUAAUGGGGUUCCUCCUGAAGAAAUCUGUUUGUUGUUGUUUCCCUUUUCUUUAAAAGGAAGAGCACUUAAUUGGCUGGAAUUACAACCUGCUAAUAGCAUCGCUACGUGGGAAGAUUUGGUUGAGAAAUUCCAAAAGAAGUUCUUCCCAUUAUCCCGAUUCUCUGAGUUGAAGGAACAAAUUGACAACUUCAAGCAACUCGAAGGCGAAUCUCUGUGCGUAGGAUGGGGAAGAUUUAAAGAACUAAUCAGGAGAUGUCCCCAAUACGUUUUAUCUAAUGGCGAGAAAGUCCGAAUUUUCUACAAAGGAGUUACUCCGACUUAUCGAGUACUUCUUAACGCUGCAGCUGGAGGGAGUAUCGGAGAAAUCACUCCCACAAGGGCUAUUGAACUGAUUGAGAAGAUGGCAUCUGAAGACAACGAGGUCACACGAGUUCAACCUAAGAAAGGAGUGUUGCAGUUAGACGGGUACAACGCUGUGUUAGCCAAACAAGACAAGAUGGAUCAAAGGUUAGAUUCACUUGUUAAACUCUUUACCCAAAAUCAAAUCUCUGCGGUUAAUUCGCAAUUUCCUGUAGUUUGCGACACUUGUGGUGGACCACACACUCCUGAAAACUGUGACGCUACGGUAACAAUUGAUUCGGCUCAGGUUCAUGGAAUCUGGAAUAAUCAGAGGAGAGAAAAUCCUUAUGGAAAUACGUAUAAUCCGAGCUGGAGAAACCAUCCUGGUCUGUCAUACAAAUCUGGGCAUCAACAAAAUAAUACAAAUUUCCAACAAGAUCAACCUAAUCAGAAGGCCGCUUGGGAAGUUGCAUUUGAAAAGAUGACUCAAUCUCAAGCAAAUUUCGCAGAAGAAACGAGAGCAUCUUUUAAGAAUCAAGAAGCUUCCAUAAAGAAUCUGGAGAAUCAAAUUGGUCAGCUUGCCAAAUAG